CAGCUUCACACACAUUUCAUUUCAGUUCAGAUCUCUCUGGACACAAAUUGCUCCAAACUGCUGGAUUGACUCCUUUUUCACUCCCCUGAAUCAACUUGACCUUCUCCAUCGAUCCGUCUUUGUGUCAGUUUCAACCUGUCUGUCCUGAAGUUUGUCGGGUUCAUCAAGUUCACGCUGACAUUCAGUGACUGAGGCUGAGCAGGAACGCUCACACUCACAGCUGGAGAGUGGCCGUCAUUCAUCACAGAUCAUCUGAAUACGUGCAUCUGUCAGCUGUCAAAUCUGCUGCUCCUACCUCCUGAGGAUCAACUCUGAAGAGGAGGAGUGCCUGGCUUACUAGCACCUCACCAACAGGAAGAAAGCAUCCAUCAGUUUAACCUCAGUCUACAAUCAUCAGGCUAUCACUGGAUUAGAAGUUUCCUUUCUCUGUAUCCUAAAUCGGGUGGAUAUUGCCCAGCUCACAGUUUAGCAGUGAGUAAGGAAUUUGAGUUGUAAUCAGUCAUGGCAGACUGGAGCCUACUGGGAAACUUCCUGGAGGAAGUACAGGAGCACUCUACCUCUGUUGGCAAGGUGUGGCUGACCAUCCUGUUUAUCUUCCGAAUCCUUGUUCUCGGGACAGCAGCUGAGUCAUCGUGGGGAGAUGAACAGGAAGAUUUUAACUGUGACACUGAACAGCCAGGCUGUGAGAACGUCUGUUAUGACCGAGCCUUCCCCAUAGCACACAUACGAUACUGGGUGCUCCAAAUUGUGUUUGUAUCCACUCCCAGUCUGAUCUACAUGGGCCACGCUAUGCACACUGUCCGCAGAGAGGAGAAAAGAAGGAACAGGGAGGAGGAGGGAAGAGAGGAGGGAGGGGGAGAAGAAGACCCAGGAGGAGGUGAAGGAGGAGGUGGAGGUGCAGAGAAACAAGAGAGGAAAGGGGAACGAGAUGGAAACGAAAAAAAUGAAAGUCACUCAGCAGGUCGAAUUCGCCUGAGGGGAGCGCUGCUGCAGACAUAUGUUCUGAGUAUACUGAUACGCAGCAUCAUGGAGGUGGUAUUUCUGUGUCUUCAGUACUUCCUGUAUGGAAUCUUUCUCAAUCCUCUGUACGUCUGCAAGGCAUGGCCAUGUCCACAUCCAGUUAACUGCUAUGUCUCCAGACCUACAGAAAAAAAUGUCUUUAUAGUGUUCAUGUUGGUCGUGUCAGCUGUCUCUCUGGUCCUCAGUGUGCUUGAACUACAUCACCUGGCAUGGAAACAUUGUUGCAGGCGAUUCUUGUGCUCUACAAAAGCCAACAAAGCAGCCAACACCUCUCUGAGCCGACAGCUCUCUUUGUCUCCUCCACCACCAUCGACACCACCCCCAGAUUUCAACCAGUGCGUGACUGGCUCCACACACUUCCUACCCCUCCCCUUCCCCAACCACCGACUAGCAAACCAACAAAACUCUGAAAACAUGGCUACCGAGCAGAACAAAAUGGCAGCCGCAGUGGAAGAGGUAAACUUCCUCCAAAUGAGCUGCUAUUCGCAUGGAUGGCAGAAGACCAAUGACGGUCAGAUCCAAGAUGGGAGAUACCUGAGACCCGAUGCUAACUGCUAUACCCCCGAGAGCAGGGACGUCGGCUGUGUUCAGAUCCAAAAUGGUGGCCCAGACGUGCUGCUGCAUAAGGACAAGCGAAGAUACAGCAAAGCCAGCGGAACGAGCAGCCGAACUAGAGCAGAUGACCUCGCAGUUUAGAAAAAAAAUAAAAAAAA